AGUACCAGUACCAGUACCAGUACCAGUAGUAUUGCUCUCAGCACACCAGAGUAAACGAGGGCGGACUCAGGAGGGAGGCGAUGCCGGCCGGACAGCAUUGUGUGUAACACCUGGCGCCGGCGGUGACCUGGAAGUGCUCGUGUUUCUUUCCUCCAUGCGGCUCUGUGGUGGGUGAGUGCCGGCCGGGAGGAGAAGCAGCUCAGUCCCCGCUGACCGGCGUCCUCAGCUCGCCAUCAUGCUGCUAGAAGCGCAGCCCGAACACAUCACCGUGGUCACCAAAUCCUUGUGUUCAGCUGCGUUGCUGUGUCAGGUUGAACCAGUGGGACGAUGGUUUGAAGCAUUCAUUAAGCGCAGGAAUAGGAAUGUGUCUGCCUCAUUCCAGGAGCUGGAGGAUGAGAAGGAAACCUCAGAAGAGUCUGAGGAUGAAGAAUUUCAGCUGGAAGAAUUUACCCUGUUGAAAACACUUGAUCCUAAGGAUUGGAAGAACCAGGAUCAUUAUGCAGUGCUUGGACUGAAGAAUAUAAGGUACAAGGCCACACAGAAACAGAUCAAAGCAGCCCAUAAGGCAAUGGUGCUGAAACACCAUCCAGACAAGAGAAAGGCAGCAGGAGAGCAGAUUGUUGAAGGCGAUAAUGACUAUUUCACGUGUAUUACUAAAGCUUAUGAAAUGUUAUCUGACCCUGUUAAAAGGAGAGCAUUCAACAGUAUUGAUCCCAUCUUUGACAAUUCUGUACCGUCUAAGAGUGAAGCAAAAGACAACUUCUUUGAAGUAUUUUCUCCCGUGUUUGAGAGAAACAGCAGGUGGUCAAACCAGAAAAAUGUUCCAAAACUUGGUACCAUGAACACCUCUAUUGAAGACGUAGAUGCAUUUUAUUCUUUCUGGUACAAUUUUGAUUCAUGGAGAGAAUUUUCUUAUUUGGAUGAAGAAGAAAAAGAGAAAGCUGAAUGCCGUGAUGAAAGGAGGUGGAUUGAAAAACAGAACAGAGCUGCGCGAGCACAAAGGAAAAAAGAAGAGAUGAAUAGGAUAAGAACAUUAGUUGACAAUGCAUAUAGCAGUGACCCUAGAAUAAAGAAAUUCAAAGAGGAAGAGAAAGCGAGGAAAGAAGCAGAAAAGAAAGCCAAAGUGGACGCUAGGAGAAAAGAACAGGAGGAGAAAGAAAAGCUAAGGCAAGCUGAACUAGAGGUUGUUCGAUUAGCAAAAGAGAAGGAAGAGGAAGAGGCUCGUCAGCAAGCCCUGCUUUUGAAGAAGGAAAAGGAAAUACAGAAGAAAGCUAUAAAGAAGGAACGUCAGCGGCUGCGCACUUCAUGCAAGAAUUCUAAUUACUUCUCUGAUAAUGAAGCAGAAAGUGUGAAAAUGAUGGAAGAAGUAGAAAAACUGUGUGAUCGCCUUGAACUAACUAGUUUACAGUCUCUCAAUGAGAUCCUUUCUGGAAGCUCUAAAGAAGAAGCUAAAACUGUUGUUGAAAAACAGAUUGCAGAGGUGAAUGCCCAGCUGAAAAGAGAGAAGGAGCAGGAAGAGGCUCGAAUGAGGCAGUCCACGAAAGGUGCAGAGCAGUCUGCAUUUGGAGGUGGAGGUAGCAGCAAAUCUUGGUCAGAAGACGACUUGCAGCUACUUAUUAAAGCUGUGAACUUGUUUCCUGCUGGAACUAAUGCAAGGUGGGAAGUUAUUGCCAAUUAUAUGAAUUUGCACUCCAUUUCUGGAAUAAAAAGGACCGCAAAGGAUGUAAUAAAUAAAGCAAAGUCCCUACAAAAGCUAGAUCCUCAGCAAAAAGAUGAUAUCAACAAGAAAGCUUUUGACAAGUUCAAGAAGGAGCAUAAAGUUGUACCUCAGUCUGUGGAUAAUGCAUUGCCUUCGGAGCGUUUUGAAGGUCCUGGUGCAGAUUCCACUCCCUGGACCACCGAAGAACAAAAACUUCUAGAGCAAGCGCUGAAAACCUAUCCUGUAAAUACUCCUGAACGAUGGGAAAAGAUUGCAGAAGCUGUUCCUGGCAGGUCCAAGAAGGAUUGUAUGAAAAGAUACAAGGAACUUGUAGAAAUGGUGAAGGCCAAAAAAGCAGCUCAAGAACAUGUAGUGAAUGCCACCAAGGCCAAGAAAUGAGACUCCGUUUGUUUGUGUUAUGUUUUAUAAUAAAAAAAAUAAGCAAAAUACUGCACAGGUAUUUGGUUGGAUAAAUUAUAUUAAACACUGUUUUUCUUAAUCUA